AUGGGCAAGGCAGGGAAGCGGAGGCGAAAGGCCUCGGCGCCCAGCGGAUCCAAGGGCCCCGCAAAGUCCACUGUGGAUGUAAUCAAGAGCAAUCCCUUCGAGGUGAAGGUUAACAAGCAGAAGUUUAACAUCUUGGGGAGGAAAACCAAGAAUGACGUGGGCCUGCCCGGUGUCUCACGCUCCAAAGCCAUCAAGAAGCGCACCCAAACAUUACUGAAAGAAUAUAAAGAAAAGGAAAAGUCAAAUGUAUUUAAAGAUAAACGUUUCGGUGAAUAUAACACCAAAAUAAGUCCAGAGGAAAAGAUGAUAAAACGAUUCACUUUGGAAAGACAGCAAAAUUUUGGAAAGAAUAAUAUUUAUAAUCUUAACGAGGAUGAAGAAUUGACUCAUUAUGGCCAGUCUUUGGCAGAAAUUGAAAAACUAAAUGAUAUUGUUGAUAGUGGUAGUGAUACAGAGGAAGGAGGCACAUUGUCAGCUGAGUUGACUGCAGCUCACUUUGGAGGGGGUGGAGGCCUCCUUCGUAAAAAAGUGUCAGGUGAUCAGGAAGCUGAAGAGGAGGAAAAACCUAAAUCUAGGAAAGAACUCAUAGAGGAAUUGAUAGCCAAAUCUAAGCAGGAAAAGCAAGAGAGACAAACUCAGAGAGAAAGUGCAUUAGAACUCACAGAAAAGCUUGACAACGACUGGAAGGAAAUCCAAACCCUUUUGGUCCGCAAAACCCCCAAAUCAGAGAAAAAAGACAAAGAAGAAAAACCAAAGCCUGAUGAAUAUGAUAUGAUUGUUCGAGAACUUGGGUUCGAGAUGAAAGCAAAACCUUCAGAUAGGAUGAAGACAGAAGAAGAACUGGCAAAAGAGGAGCAGGCACGGCUCCAGAAGCUGGAGGCAGAUCGUCUGCGACGCAUGCGUGGAAUAGAUGAAAAGGAGGAGGCUAAAAAGAAACCCAAGCAUAUAUCAGCUGAUGAUCUGGCUGAUGGCUUUAUCCUAGAUGAAGAUGACAGACGUAUGCUCUCUUACAAGGAUGGAAAAAUUAAUAUUGAAAACGAAGAAGAGGAGGAAGAAGAAGCAGAUGGAAAUGAAGAAAUUAAUGAUAAUGAAGAAGAAGGUGAGGAAGAAGAUAAUGACCAUGAAGAAGACAGUGAUGAAGAAUCUGAUGCUGAAAAUGAGGAAGGUGUUGAUGAAGAUAAUCACUCUGAUCUUGAAUCUGACCUUGGAAGUGAAGAGGAGGGCACAGGGAAUAAAGAACAGAAUCAAGAGAGUUGUGAAAAUAAAUCACAGAAUAUGGAGGAACAAGAUCAAAAAAUGGAAGCUGCAAAAUCAGAGCUUCCAUAUACAUUUGCAGUUCCCGAGUCCUAUGAGAAAUUUAAAUCUUUAUUGACUGGAAGAACAAUAGAACAGCAGCUUAUUAUACUGGAGAGGAUUCAGAAAUGCAAUCACCCAAGCCUUGCAGUGGGAAACAAAGCAAAGUUGGAAAAACUGUUUGGCUUCCUUUUGGAGUAUAUUGGGGAGUUGGCAACGCUGGAUUUACCAGAACUCAAAACGAUCGACAGGCUGGUUCUGCCAUUGUACAAUCUCUGCCAGAUGUUUCCUGAGUCAGCUAGUGACAGUAUGAAGUUUGUCCUUCGAGACGCUGUGCAUGACAUGGAAGAAAUGAUUGAAGUCAAAGGCCGUGCAACAUUUCCAGGUUUAGACACGCUUAUUUAUUUGAAAAUUACAUCUCUACUAUUUCCAACUUCUGACUUCUGGCAUCCAGUGGUAACGCCUACUUUUGUAUACAUGAGCCUGUUACUUACAAAGUGUCGCAUCACAACAUUACAAGAUGUUGUUAAAGGAUUAUUCAUAUGCUGUUUGUUCCUGGAAUAUGUAUCUCUUUCUAGAAGAUUUGUACCAGAACUCAUCAAUUUUCUUCUCGGAAUACUUCACAUAUCUCUACCCAAAAAGCAAGCCCAGGGCUAUACUGUAGUGCAUCCCUUUACACCAGUGGGAAAGAAUUUAGAAUUGCUUUUGGUCAGUGAUAAGAAGGAUCUGGAAACCUGGCAAAAGCAAAAUCUGCCAUUGAGUAUUGUGACGAGGUUAAAGGAAAUGAGCAGAACAGAAAUGAAUCAUAUCAGGUUAUCAUGUCUAGCCCUGUGCUUUGAUCUAAUUAAGAAAUGUGCAGCUCUGUAUGAAUCUCUAUCAUCGUUUCAUGAAAUAAUGCACCCUGUUAGAAUACUUCUCACACAACACGUACCAGUGAGUGAGUAUCCUGAACAAAUGCAGGAAUGGUAUAACAGCGCUCUGGGAGAGCUAGAGAAUAAAGUAAAGCACUAUACCCCACUGGUGUGCGAGAAGAAGAAGCCAGAGCCUUUGAAGCAGUAUACACCUAAAAUUGUGAAAGUUUUAGAGUUUGGAAGAAAGCUGGGAGGCAGCAAGAAAGAGCAAGAAAGAAAGCGGUUGAUUCACAAGCAUAAGCGGGAGCUUAAAGGAGCUAUUCGGGAGAUUCGGAAAGACAACCAAUUUCUGGCUAGACUGCAACUCGAAGAAAUCAUGGAGAGAGAUGCAGCCAGAAAGAGAAAAGUGAAAGAACUUCUUGGUAGUCUUGCUACACAGGAAGGUGAAUGGAAGGCAAUGAAAAGAAAAAAAAGGAAAAAUUAAAAAUUAACUAGGACUGUCUGCAAAAGGAAACUUU